AUAAAUUUAACCUUUACCACCGGCGAAAAUUUUCCUAAUUUGUAAUUCUUUUCUAGCUUUUGAGACAAAAUGAAGGAAAAUAAUGGACAAGACAUUGAUACCAGAAACGUUGUUAAGAACAGGGAGUUGCUCUAUCGCUUGAUCAUCAGCCAACUGUACUACGAUGGCUUCCAGCCCAUAGCCGCAACGUUGGCAGCAGCUGUGCAUGCAGAACCUUGCCCUCCUAGCGACAGGCUGCUGAAUGUGAUGAUGGUGGGACUCCAGCACGAGCCAGAUCGCAAAGACCGUUUGGCUGCCUCCAGCGGAGCUGAGCAUUUGCUCGGAACUACAGGAUUUGACUUGGAGUACGAAAUGGACGCAUCCUCUCUCGCGCCCGAGCCAGCAACCUACGAGACAGCUUACGUAACGUCACACAAGAUGGCGUGUCGCGCUGGCGCCUUUAGUGCCUGCGGUCAACUGGUGGCUACUGGCAGUGUGGACGCUAGUAUUAAGAUCUUGGAUGUGGAGCGUAUGCUGGCCAAAUCAGCCCCGGAAGAAGUGGACCCGGGCAGAGAGCAGCAAGGACACCCUGUUAUUAGGACUCUCUACGAUCACACAGAUGAGAUAACGGCCCUGGACUUCCACCCUCGUGAACAGAUCCUAGUGUCGGCCUCUCGCGACUGUUGCAUCAAACUGUUUGACAUCACCAAGGCCAGCGCUAAGAAAGCUUACAAAAGCAUUACGGACGCCGAGCAAGUCCUCUGCGUAGCUUUUCACCCACUCGGCGACCAUAUAAUAGCAUCGACCACCCACCCGGUGAUACGUCUGUAUGACGUCACCACCAGCCAAUGCUUCGUGUGUCCCGUACCCAGCCAUCACCAUACUAAACAAGUCAAUGCUAUCAAAUUCUCUCCGAACGGUAAAUACUUCGCCAGCGGCAGCGCGGACGGCACUGUCAAACUAUGGGACACAGUCUCAAAUCGCUGUUUCAAUACAUUCGUCAACGCCCACGAUGGAUCUGAAGUUUGCUCUGUCGCCUUUACAAGAAACAGCAAGUAUCUCUUGACUUCCGGCUUGGACUCCUCUAUAAAACUAUGGGAGUUGUCGAGCAGCAGGUGUCUUAUUCAAUACACCGGGGCGGGAACCACUGGCAAACAAGAGCACCACGCCCAAGCCAUAUUCAACCACACAGAGGACUACGUCAUAUUCCCCGACGAGGCCACCACUUCUCUCUGCACUUGGCACUCUAGGAGCGCUUCGAGGGCUCAACUCAUGUCUCUAGGGCAUAAUGGGGCUGUCAGGCACAUCGUGCAUUCCGGCACAGCGCCAGCCUUCUUAACUUGCAGCGACGACUACAGGGCUCGCUUCUGGUUCCGUCGCAACACUCACUAAUGUUAGUAGAAUCCUAGAAUCCUUCAUAGACUUCCCUUUUAAAUGGAUUUAAAAAAAAUACUACGUCCGUGGCAAACGGGCAUACGGUUCGCCUGAUGGAAAGCGGUCACCGUAACCUAUGAACGCCUGCAACUCACGGGGUGCAUGCGCGUAUUAUUCAUAUCCGUAUGAAUUUUUUUAUUUUUUUUUUCAAUGUGAAAGUUCAGAAACCGAUGAUUUUACUAAAUGUUUAACUGUAAAUGGAAUUAAAACAUUUUCUAAUUAUAAAUAAACUUAAUGCAUUCAUGAUUAUGUAUUGUGUAUUGAAAUAAAUAGUUAAUAUGACUUAGUUACUUGUAAGAAAUUAGGUUUUAAGUUACAUAAUUCUUAAAAUAAAACUAUUGGUGUACA